AUGAUGCCGCUACCGUCGGUCGGUGGACUUGGUAUCGCCGCUAUGUCAUACGUGGCGGUUGACUACAUGCGAUACGUGUCGCCGGUGUGGCAUUCUCGUCUUCAGCCAGUUCUCUGGUCUCUCCUGGUCAUCGUGGUCCUCACGCGCGUCCUGUUCUACAAGCACUGGUCUGCGGAGUUCCGAGCAGCCAUACCUUUCCUCGCCUCCAUUUUCUUCUUGCUCUCCGCUCUUCUCUUCGAAGCUCUUUCUGUCCGCUCCGUCACCGCCGUUCUCGGCUUAGAUUGGCACCGUGAUACGCCUCCACUCCCUGACACAGGCCAAUGGUUUCUACUUGCACUUAACGAGAGCCUUCCCGCGACGAUUGUGGAGAUCUUGAGAGCUCAUAUCAUUGGAUUGCACCAUUUUCUUAUGCUUUUUGUAAUGUUGGGUUUCUCGGUAGUAUUCGACUCUGUUAAAGCUCCGGGUCUUGGAUUAGGCGCACGAUACAUAUUCACCAUGGCUUUGGGACGUCUUUUAAGAGCUAUAACCUUUAUAUCUACUAUCUUACCUUCAGCACGACCUUGGUGCGCUUCAGCUCGCUUCAACGAUGUCCCUUCUCAUCCUCAUAGCUGGCUUCAAAAAUAUUAUGUCCCCUAUGCUAAAGACCCUGCUGCUAUAAGGCAGCUCCUCCAUUGGGAUGCAGCUUACGCUGAUCCAGGAGAAUACAUUGCUGACUACAGAGCUGAUUGGGGUUCAAUGAGCUUCCUCAAUGACUUCUUGAGACCGAGUAACUCUGAAGGGUCUUCAUGGUUUGGUCUACUAAAGAAAGCUGGAGGUGGUUGUAACGACCUCUUGUACAGUGGCCACAUGCUUGUAGCUGUCCUAACCGCUAUGGCUUGGACGGAGGCUUAUGGAGGUUUUUCUUCAGCGUUGAUAUGGGUGCUCGUGUUGCAUAGCGCUCAGAGGGAAAUACGAGAGCGCCACCACUACACAGUAGACUGCAUUGUGGCGAUUUACGUUGGUAUCCUUCUCUGGAAAAUGACGGGUUUUAUUUGGUCAGGCAAGAGAAAAACGAAGCAGACACAACUAGAGAAGAUUCAGAACAGGCUGAUUCAUGCUGCAAAGGAUUCGGACAUGGAAACUGUCAGAAGACUUGUGGAGGAGAUGGAGGUAAGCUUCGGGGAGGAGAAGCAUGCUAGAGUCUCGAACAGGACAAUGACUGUGUUUGCCUGUGCGACAGUGAUCACAACGCUCACUAUAGUGGUUUUGGCCUUGACUUUGACAAGCGACGGGUAA